CAUGCAGGGGCGGACUGACCAUUUGGAAACUCGGGCACUGCCCGAGGGCCCGGGGUCAUUAGGGGGCCCCAUGAGAUGCCCCUGGUACCUUUUUCAUAGGCUUUUUGCGUUUGGGCAAGGACACAGGGGCCCCAUGAUCCCCUAUUGCCCGGGGGCCCCAUGAGUUGUCAGUCCGCCCCUGGCCACAUGCUGAUUGGAGGAGAAAGCAGACGUAUUACAUGCUGUGUUUGUGGUUGAGCACAAUCAACACUAAGAAAUCAGGCAGAG